AUGGGUCCAAUAUUCGAUCCUGAAUUCGAAAACCAGCUCGUUCAUCAGGAUCCUCCGUUCGUAGAGGAUUUGCCUAGGCUUCCAUAUCCGAAUUUUUAUUACGCCCUCGAAGAUCUAAUAGCAUCAUAUUUACCUUCGAUUACAUAUUUUGUUCAUCGAUCCUCGAUAAUAAUGGGCGCAUCUUCCAGGAGUUUGAAUAAUACAUUGGUAGCCCUAUCUGUGUAUGCAACAAUUUGCAAAUACAAAAAGUUGCCCUUUAAGUAUCCUGGCAGCAAAUACACAUGGGAGCAUUUCUGCGAUAUGUCGGAUGCGCGAUUACUAGCCGAGCAACAAAUAUGGGCGGCGAUCACGGAUAAAGCGAAGAACCAAGCUUUUAAUUGCACGAAUGGUGAUUUUUUUACUUGGAGGAGCUUGUGGAAGGUGUUGAGUGAGAUCUUUGAUGUUGAGUUUGUGGAGUUUGAUGAGAAUGGUAAUGAGUUUGAUUGA